AUGACUCUUCUUCUGACAAGGUACGAUGCAUUUGUAUUUUACCUUUAUUUUUCACUAUUUAACAAGUAUUAUUGACAAAUUUAUGAUCACAUUUAUCUAAAAAUAAGGUUUAGUUGUUCAGAAUCAAUAAUAAUCCUUUGUUUUUAUUACAGACACUUAAUAAAUACGAGUGUAGGUCUGAAUAUCUGCCAUUGUAUUUGUCUCGACAAGUUUGGUGCUAAUAUGUUGAACUGUCAAACCAUUUCAAAUCAAUAACAAUUUUACAGUGAGGACAUAUUUUAAGUAUAGAUUCAUUCAAAAGCAUAAACAUUAAGGUCAAACCUGACAUACUCAAUCAUAAGACCUGUUUACAGUAAGAACUUGACAUUAAUCUUUUACUUUAAUCAUAAUUCUGUUGAUUUAAAUGUUUUAUGUCUACAUCUAUACUGACAUGGCAACAGAUUCUGAUUCAUCUACUUGUGGGACAAAUUUAUAUUGUUCUAAGCAUUUCAAUUUAAGGUUAGACUUAGUCUGCUGUUUAUUUCUAUUCACAUUAAACUGAUCAUUUCCAGUGGCGGUAAAGAAAGUCAAGGUGAACAAGACUUCAGUAAGAAUCUAUACAGUAUUUUAGUGUUUUCCUCGUGGAGCUUUGGUGUUGACUCUCUAUUAAAAAAAUAAAGCCAGCUUGUUCACAGUUGCUCUUAUCACUGGUUCAAAUGGUUUCAAGUUGACUUGAUCAACAUCUAAAAACAUCUUAAAAAUGCUCCAUUUUACAACAAAUGUUUCCACCCAUUUUUAACAAGUAGAUUUGCAACCCAUCCUUCAGUAGAUUCAUUUAAUAUGUAUGAUCUGGAUGUUCCUGGUCUUUAUGUUGCUCCUGUCUAUUCAAAAUUAACUCACUGUUAGUUUUUUUGCCUAUCAGAAUCUAGUGUUUAACACAGCCAGGAGAUUAGUAAAUGAGCUAAAUAGUCAUUAUUGGUAAUGAAUUAACAGCCUUUCCUAUUACUAUAUUUUAAUGUUUUGAGUGUAUAAAUGUUGUCAUAUCUAUCCAAACAGAUGAUUACCCCUAAAUUCAUUUUUACUAAUAACAUGAGGAUGGAUGUGCAAAAGAAAUUCAAGAUUAGGAUUAUUUCAUCACAGUAGAUCACAUUUAGAGUUUCUCAAUACUUCACAACCUUGUGUGAACUUAGUUUCCUGUAGAUUUCUACAUUGAUGCCAAGAACGUGAAGUAAAUUUUGAAAGUCACCUUCAUACAGUUGUCUAUUAAACAUUUUGUUAUCUUUGUCUGUCUCUAUCUUCUCACAGUUCCCCUGUGGAUGCCAGCAAUGCAACUUCCCAAGUUUAUGAAACCCAGAAUACAACAAAUGCCACUUAUUGUACUUUAGAAAAACCGAAGGACUGGGUCUUCACUGUGCUUCCUGUGUACGUGCUGCUCAUCACUGUGUUCGGGAUUGUGUUUAAUUUGUUUGUCCUGAUAGUUUUCUGCUUUCACAAGAAAGCCUGUUCUGCGGCUGAGAUCUACUUGAGCAACCUGGCUGCUGCUGAUCUUGUUUUAGUUGCUAAUUUGCCCUUCUGGGCAAUCAACAUAUCCAACCGCUACAACUGGCCCUUCUCUGGUCCCCUGUGCAAACUGGUCAACCUUUGUAUCACCAUGAACACCUACUGCAGCAUCUACUUCCUUGUUCUGAUUAGUAGCGAUCGCUAUGUGGCUCUGGUGCACCCGCUGUCCCAUAACCGAAUGCGCAGGCCGAAAUAUGCCAAACUUGGCUGUCUGCUGGUGUGGGGCUUUGGUUUGCUGAUGAGUACCCCUGUGCUCAUGUACAGAAAAGUGAAACAUGAUCCCAGAUACAAUCUGACUGUGUGCUUUCUUGACUUUCCAAGCCCUUUUGUGUUCCAGCUGUAUGAGGGGAUCCUAACAGUCGUCAUUUUCAUUAUCCCCAUUACCAUCAUUUCCUGGUGCACCUUCAAGAUAAUUCAAGCUCUGAGGAACCGCAAAAACACCCAGAAAAAAGAAGUGAAGGCUACCGCUCUGGUGUUGGCAGUCGUCGUGGCGUUCUUAAUCUGCUGGGUCCCGUUCCACAUUAUUAGGAUUUUCGAACAGCUCAGUAGGGCUGGGGUGUUCAUGCAGUGCCGUCCUGUAAUUGUUAUUGAAACUUGUAAGCAGAUCUUCAUCUAUGUAGCCUUCUUCAACAGUGUUCUCAACCCACUCUUGUAUGUCAUUGUAGGAAAGCACUUCCGGCAAAAAGUCAAAGAACUUUUUACUCAGUGGAGCCCCGGGGAAACUUCCAGCUCUGUCUCCACAAGCUUUAAACUCUCAUAA